AUGCGGGCUACAGGCCCGGCGGAUUUUCCACCAACAAAAGCACCUCUUCUGAAAGAAAGUUUGGUAAAACAUUUCAUCUCACCUUGGCAAGGAUAUUUAUAAUUCAAAACGCAAGGUACACGGAAUGAUGGACUUUUAUCUGCAGCUGAUGGAUUCAGAUUUUGGCCACGGUCAUGACGUCCAUGAAAUAGAUCCUUCUCAGCUGGAUAACGCCGAUUGUUUGGACGAUAAUCCGCGCCAUAUUGAACGAAUUGGUUUAAACAAGUUUGAUGAACAAGAAGCUAAAUAUGAAGAUGAAGAAGACUACGACCUUGUACCCGACGGAAAUCAACCACGCGAAUGGGACAAGCAUGAACUUCUUCGCCUAGGUACAUGUAGUGAUGGAGGUCCACAUGUCAUUGAGAUUGUGCACAAAGAGCUCUGGAGGCAAGUACACCGGAAUCCACCAUGUUGAAGCUUUCGUCGUUAUACACGCUGCGUCUGCUACUUCUGCUGCUUAUACCACUUCUACCCAAACGCUUUUACCACUUCGACUAUGUACUUUGAUUACUUCUGUCAGAUGCUUCUACCGCUAUUAUAGAUGCUUAUUAUAUAGCUACUUAUCAACAUUUGUUUUGUAG